AUGCAAACUUCGUUGCAACUCCCACCCGAGCUACUCUACGAAGUGAUAUCGGACGUCGUCGCGAGCUGGAUCGACCUUGCUAUCACCGCCCCUAUUAGCGUCGCGCCGGCACAAGAUGCCUCUGUCGAGGCGUCGUCCGGAGCAUCUGGAAAUGCAGUGGGUGAUGAACUGGGAGGUGAUGAAGACGACGAAGAAGUAUCGAACGAUGACGAGGAUGGCGACGAGACCGAUGUCGAUGUCGAUCUUCCUUCGCACUCUGAGCUAAGGAGGCAGCUCGUAGAACGCGCAGCUAGUAUAGACGUGGACGAAUCCCUCCCUCCGAACUAUGCCAAGCCCCUGCUACUCGUAUCGCAUGUAGUCCGUGAAGUUACGUUAAGGAUCCUUUCAGAAGCACUCGACAUACCUCGGGAUCCUGACGGCCGGUUGGACCGGAACCCAUGGGCAUGCAUAAAGAACGGCCGGAGGAUUCGAUGCUUGCUUCUGUCACCCACGAUCAGCCACAUGCGCGAGCCUCUGCUAAUCGUCUGGGAAGGGCACUCGCUUUUCGCAGUCUACGGUUCGAUCGCCAUGUUAGAACUGACCCAACUCAAAUUCGCUCUCCAUCCAUCUCCCUCAACUCUCCAUGUGAUGACCCAAGCUGCUCUGAUUGCCGAGGAGAACACCAAGUUCAUCUCAAGCUCUACUAUUGUCGCGCGCGCCGCUGCGAGAAUUCAGAGGCUGGAUAACUACACCACAUUGCUCUCAGAGAUUGGUCAAUUUAGAUGUAUCAUGGACUGCAUCGUUGAAGACCUGAAAAGCCAUGGCGCUAAUAGGAACUGGGAGCAAAUGGCACCGAUAAUAAAGUUAACGUUCAAGGGCAUUCGUUCCUUCCGGCAGCACUUCCUCCCAGAUGAGGCCACUCUGAGCAUACUCCCGGAACACUUAGCAAAGGCGUUGGACUUGUCAACCAUGACGUGUUCGAUGAGGCACGAGCUCGCGCGUAUAGCCUCCAAGGUUGAUUUCUGUUUACCUGGCGCGGAAAGCCUCUUCAAGUACUCCAGAAAGGGCAUGCACGAGUUGUCGAGGAUCGCGUACAUAUGGGACUCCGCUACAUUUGCCCAAUCUGAUCCGCCAUUGUCGAAAAACCACGUACAAGAGUUCACCCUAUUCACUAGGACAUUCGAGAUGGUAGCCAACCCCAAGUCAGGAGGGAAGUCGAAGGCCGGAUCGAACCAGAACGCGCAAGGCGCGAACCAGCCACGGCAAAUACAAACUAGGAGUCAGAAGGCUGGAUUGCAGUUUCCUGUCGGUCGUAUACAUCGUUAUCUCAAGCAGCGUACGCAGCAUAAUGUCCGCAUUGGUGCGAAAGCAGCUGUCUAUACAUCUGCUAUUCUCGAAUACCUUACUGCCGACGUACUGGAGCUUGCGGGUAAUGCGUCGAAAGAUCUUCGUGUCAAGCGUAUCACCCCCCGACAUCUUCAGCUAGCCAUUCGUGGUGACGAAGAACUCGACACCCUCGUUCGGGCAACAAUUGCUGGUGGAGGUGUACUGCCAUUCAUCCACAAGAGCUUGACGACGAACAUGAAGGCUCAAGUCAAGAACCCUGGCCAACAGUGA